AUUACUAGUGUAAAUACCGUUGGUAGUUAUAUCCCUAUUUACUUUAUUUUUAAAAUUAAUCCUACUAAAGAGUUUACUAUUAACGAUCUCCCUAGUAAUAUACGAUUUAUAAAGUUACCUACCGGCUUUUCGAGUAUAGAGAUUAUAUUUAAUUGGUUAAAGUAUUUUAAUCUAUAUAGCUUUGAAGUAUCGCUAACGUUUAAAAAGACCGGGUACAGCUUUAUGAAUUAG